ACCCUCGUAUAACAGGUGUUAUCAAGCACGUACGUUCUUUUACUGUUAAACGUGCAGAGCGCUAUAUUCAAAGGUAAAUAGCUUUUUUCAUUUCACCGAUAUCUUGUGUAAAGUAACGGUUUCCAUUUCUCCGUAUACCGCGCAGGCAAAUUUUAAUCUUUCGGAUAGAAUUAGCUGUAAAACGUUCAGUUCAGGUAGUGUGCCGGUUUAUUAUGCUAGAUGUUGGAGCUACUCUUCUAAAUCAAUCUCAUUAAACAUGAGCGGCAACACAUUGGAGAGGAUUCAAAGAGAAAUAAAAGAAAAUGUAGAACGCGAGAGUGAAUUGCGUAAAUUGUAUGGCAGUGAAAAGGUGCAAAACAAUGAGGAAUCAAACAAUAAUAAAAUUAUUAGCAACGGAUCGACAAAUGGAUUUACAAAUGGAACAGUUGUGAAGGAAGAUGUUAAAAUAAAAAAGAAUGGGAUACGUCUUUUUGCACAAAAUACAUCAACAAGAGGUCUGAUGAAAAAUUUUUUUAAAACUAGGGGAAAAUUAAACUCUGCCAUUAAUACAACAUCUCCAAGCAAUAACUACCAAAGUUGGUUGCCACCCAGUGUUACCAUUGAAAAGGGACCUCCUGUUAGGAAAGGAUAUGUUUCAGCACAAGAGAAAAUGAAACAGGAAUUACAAGAUUACACAGAAAGGGAAAAGGAACUAAGAAUGCAAAGAAUCAAAUCGAACCCGAAUAUAAUGGCGGCCUUAAACCUCGAAGAUGAGAACUACGAAGAAUCGUCCCACAACGAAAACGGCAAUUUCUUCAAGUUAAAGUCAGCGAAAUCAAUGUCUAAUUUGUACAGCGAAUCGGAAAAUUCUUCGGUUGAAAACAAUUCCGCUCCGUCCAGCCUAAAGCCGGCCCGUUCCACUAUAUUGUUAUGUGAUAUGUCCGAGUAUAAAGAUGAGAUACCUGGUACUCACAAUUUAAUAAGGCAGUUCGAGAGUCUUACCAGUCAGGAUAGAUCUUAAGUUUUAUAUUUUUAUAGUAUGUGAUACAAUCCCGUCCAAUAUUUAAUUAAAAAAAAUACGUACUUAAAACUCCUUAUUUGUGGAGCGAUGAUGUAAAUCAAUUAUAAAUAAUUUUAGAGAUCACAAAUAAUUUAUUUAGCUUAAAUAAUGGCACACGUCAACUCUAUUCCAAAUUGAGUACAAAUCUUGCCUUACAUGUUCCUGAAGUUAGCGGUUAUAUUUAUUAUAUUUUGUAAUGAGCAGUAUUUAUGUAUGAUAAAAAUACCAUUUCCUAAUGUAUUUUGCAGCCAUUUUGGCGAAUUGUAGUGAUAUAAGAAAACAAUUGUUUGUUGUGUAUUAAUUAAUCUCAUGUUGUAUUUUUUACUAGUUUCCAUAUUAUUUCUAAGGCACAUACAGGGUAUGUUUGACAUUACUCUUUUCUUUAAAUAUAAAUUUUUAAACUUUUUACACAACUUAUAUACUUAAGAAAUUUUAUGUAUAACAGUUCGUUUGACAAAGUGUGUAUAUACUGUCUUUUGAUAAAAUGAAAAUAACUUAUGAUAGAAAUUUAAAAAUUAUUUUCUAUGUAUUUAUAACUCUACCAUAGGUUGUAUCAUUUAUUACAGUUCCCCUAAAGUUUUAAACUAUUUUGAAUAUAUAAUUUAAUUUCA